AUGGGCAUAGAAAAAGAAAUUCAAGUGCCAACUUUGGUGGAGGACUUUGCAGGAGCACUUAAACUUUAUGACGAUGGAAGCAUCGUUCGCACUGAUAACCAUCUCAUUGUGAACGUUCCUCUCUCUUAUAACAGUACUAGAGAUGUUGUAAUAGAGGAGGAACUCGGCAUUUGGGUGCGCCUCUUCCUUCCUCCGUUUAAACCCACCUCUUCCAAGUUACCUGUUGCGCUCUUCAUCCACGGCGGCGGCUUUUGUUUCCUUUCACCCGCGUUUGUCGCUUCCCACACAUUUUGCGAAAAGUGGGCUGCCAGCUUAGGAGUGAUGAUGGUUUCCGUGCAUUACAGAUUGGCCCCGGAGAAUCGCCUCCCUGCCGCCUACGACGACUCCAUGGCUCUACUCCAAUGGCUUUUUUCCCCUGAGCGCCCUUCUGAUCCCUGGCUCGAUGCCUAUUCCGAUCUGAGCAACGUGUUUGUGAUUGGGAAGAGCUCGGGAGGGAAUAUAGCUCAUCAUCUCCUCAUGCGAGCCCAAGCUUGUGAUUUCUUUAACAAUAUCAGAGGAGCAAUUCUGCUUCAGCCUUUCUUUGGAGGGGAAGAUCGUACACAGUCGGAGAAUGUAUGUCCAAGCGAUGUUUUUGUGAAUGUAGAAAAUUGUGAUACAUUUUGGAGGUUGGCGUUGCCCGUUGAAGCGCAUGGGAAUAGAGAUCACCCAUUCAGCAACCCGGUCAUGUAUUUUCCUUCGCAAUUAAGUAGCGUAAUUAACAUUGCUCCCAUGUUAGUUGUAUUGGGAGGGAAAGAUUGUUUGAGGGAUAGAGGCGCCGAGUACUACGAAGCCAUAAAACUCUCGCGCAAGUGCAAGCAUAUUGAUCUGAUGAUCUUUGAAAAGGAAGAGCAUGGUUUUCAUGUUUCUUUCAAAGAAGAAGACAAUGACCAGAAUAAUCACAACUCCAACAACAGAAGACUAAUGCGGGAGGCAGCUCUCUUUGUGUCUUCCAACACCCAUUCACCUCGCUCUCCCAUAUAA